AUGACAACCAGCGUGAAGCGACGCUUGAGCAUUUCCAACAUGCUGGCACCGGCAGCCACCCCAACAAAACGUUCCAAGACUGUCCCAUCUCCAGGACAACGUCGACCACUCGAAGAUGGACAAGGCGUGCCUGCAGCGCUCCGUCCGGAUGACCCUCAGGAAGUUCUUUGCCUUCUGUCCCAUGAUGGCCUAAAGGACCUCGUGACCACACUGCUCAAGCACCCACAAGCGGGUCCUGUCGUGCGGGCCCUCCUGCAGUCUAACAAGAGUCAAGCUCGUGUCGACGCUCAAGCUCGAGCCCGCAAGAUCUUUGAUAGUCUGAUGAAACAGAUAUCCGAGAAAGAAGAGGAUCUCGAGAUCGAUGGCGAUCGCUUGAACGGCCUGCAGGGCGCAGCCGAGUAUCCAGAUGCCGUCAAACACCUCAUGCCGAACAUUGAGGCUCUGAUAGAACUUGGUCCUGCCAGUCACGGGCCUGCGCUUGCCUGGCAGUUAUUGCUAAAGAUCGCCAAGGUAGCACUUUCUCCCGGUGUUGUUGGGGAGAUAGAUGUGGAUGGGGACGAAGAGGACAACGACUGGUUCCACGAGCUGGUCGAUGAAAGCAUGCUAGCUAUAUGCAAGGCUCAAACCCUGAGCGAAGACAAGAAAUGGCUGUGCGAAUUUAGGCGAAGUGAGCUCUUGAACUUGAGGAGGCGAGCAAGCUAUUCUGAUGAUGAUCUGCCAAAUGAGCGAUAUGCGCUCACCCUGGAGUUCUUGAACGACUUUCUGAAGACGUCAGCUUAG